CAGGGGCCCACAGACGUGGCGCUCGCGGUGGCCAGGGGAAGCCGCAAGUCCGAGGCUGCCAUCACGCUGCUCUGGGGAAAUCGGGUCAUCUCUGGGGCCCUCGCAGGCCACAGGCAGCUGCUGCGGGACGUGCUGCCCGAUGUCGCCAGUGUCGUGGCUGCCGGGUGGCGCGGGGUCGAUUUGCUCAAGUGGCUCUGCAGCAUCGGAGAGGAUCGCAUUGCGUGGAGCCUCGAGGUGCACGACAUCCGGCUCAUGCGCAACGCGCUGGAGGGCCGCGCUGCUCGGGAGCUCGAGGCCCAGCCCGCGGCGCCUGGCGCACCGCUGCCCGCGGGGCCAUCCGCAGUGCGCGCUGCGCUCACGGAGGCGCGCUCGCUGUGGGCGCGGCUCGAGGCGGAUUGCGGGGCGCUGGCCACUUACGCGCUUCUUCGGCGUGCCCAGGUGAUGGUGGCCAUCAUGGAGGGGUCCGGAGUGCCCUUCAACGGCGACGGCCUCGCCGCUCUCAGCGCGCGCUGGCGCUCCGAGCUGCAAGAGGCCGAGGCCGAGGCGCAGGAGUCCCUGGCCGCGGCGCCGAGGGCGCAGGGCCGCUCGCGGGCCGGGCCGGUCAACCUGAAGAGCGCGGCCCAAGUGUCCGCGGCGAUCGCUUCCCAGCUGGACGCGGAGCAGCUCGAGUGCUGGCCACGGACGCCGUGCGGCGCCCUGAAGACCGACUCGCAGACGCUGUCGCUGGCCAACGCGCCCUUCGCCCGCAAGGUCUCAAGGUGCCGCGAGCUGUCCCACGCCCUCUCCCACUACGGCCCCUACAAGUCCGCCGCGACCGCGGGCGGAGGCCGCCUCUUCCCAGCGUACCACCUGGGCGGCGCCGUGACGGGGCGGAUGUCGUCGUCGAAUCCCAACCUGCACAGCACGCCCAGGGACGCGCAGUUCCGCAAGCUGAUCCACGCGCCUCCCGGCGGCAAGCUCGUGAAGGGCGAUUUCUCUCAGAUCGAGCUGCGGGUGUUGGCCGAGGUCUCCGGCGACAGCGCCAUGCAGGGCGCGUUCGCCCGCGGAGAGGACCUCCACCGCGCGACCGCCGCGGCCUUGGUGGGCGCCCUGGUAGGCGAGGUCACCAAGGAGGAGAGGCAGCUGGCCAAGGCCGUGAACUUCGGCCUCGUCUAUGGCCAGAGCGCUGCCGGCCUGCGACGCUACGCGACGAGCAACUACGGGGUCGAGCUGACCAUCCGGAUGAGGCGCAGCGCGCUCGCCGACGCUUCUUCCAGACGUACACGGGCGUCGAGGCCUGGCAGCGGGCGCAGCGGGCGAAGGCCGCCUGCGGCGCGCCGAUCGUGACCCCAGCGGGGCGCGCGGCGCACCACCUGCGCGAGGCCCAGCAGGAGCUCCGCCAGGGCGCCUCGGAGCAGGCGCUGGCGCGCCUCGAGCGGGAGGCGCUCAACUUCCCGAUCUUCGGCGGCGCUGCCGAGGUCACCCUCGCGUGCCUCGACCGCCUGCGGGCCCACCUCGCGCCUCUGCGGGGCUGCUGUCGGCUCGUCUGCGUCAUGCACGACGAGUUCUUGCUCGAGUGCGGGGACACGACCGCCGCGGCCUCCGCGGCUGCGGCGCUGCGGAGCGCCAUGUGCGAGGCCUGGCUGCAGGUGUUCCCCGCGGCGGCGCCGCUCGGAGAGGCCGGGGCCUCGAUCGAGGCGGGGCCGAGCUGGGGCGCCAUGCGGCCGUGGCCGUGA